AGCACCAGUUUCUCUCACAACUAGAUAUAUCAUUAAUGGAGUCCAUCUUCAGUUUCCUUGUUUCCUCAAGCUUCUUAUCCCUUGCAGUCAUUCUAUGCCUAAAGUGGAAAAUUUUGGGAAAUAGAACCAAGAACCUCCCUCCAGGACCUCCUGGUUGGCCAAUUUUUGGCAAUAUUUUCGAUCUUGGAACUGAGCCACACCGAGUUCUAUAUGAGCUUAAGUUGAAGUAUGGACCUGUUCUUUGGCUGAGACUAGGUUUUAGGGACACGAUGGUGAUACAGUCAGCCAAGGCUGCAGCAGAGCUAUUCAAGAAUCACGACGCCAACUUCUGUGACCGCAAGCCUCUUGAGGUGUUAACAUCUCAUAACUUUAGUGAUGGGUCACUUGCUGUCGGUCGGUUCAGUCCCUACUGGCUUAUGGUUAGGCGGAUUUGCACGACAGAAAUGAUGACCAAUAAGCGAAUCAGUGAAAAAGCUACAAUUCGCCAAAAAUGCAUCCUCCAGAUGAUAAGGAGCAUUGAAAAUGAUUCAGCAGCAGCAAAAGCAAGAGGAGAGUCAGGGAUGGUGAAUUUAACUCACUAUCUCUUCCUAAUGUCAAUAAACAUAGUUGCUAAUAUCAUGCUCUCAAGAGACCUUUUCGAUUCUCAGUGCAAAGUAGGACGUGAAUUUUUCCAUGUCAUGGACAAGCUUAUAGUGUGGGCAGGAAAGCCAAACAUUGCAGAUUAUUUACCAUUUUUGAAAUGGUUAGAUCCACAGGGGUUGAAGAAGAAAACUUCAAAAGAUAUGGGACGAGCUUUGGAGAUUGUUGAAGGGUUUGUCAAAGAAAGGAUUCAAGAAAAACUAGGGAAUGAGGAGAAGCACAAGAAGGAUUUCCUAGACACGUUAUUGGAAUAUGAAGGUGAUGGUAAAAAUUGGAAUGGCAAGAUCCCAUAUGAAAACAUCAUUAUACUCAUAUUGGAAAUGUUUUUUGGUGGGUCAGAGACUACAAGUGCAGGAAUCGAAUGGGCCAUGGCAGAGUUGCUUCGCCACCCUGAAGCAAUGAGAAAGGUCAAAGAAGAACUUAAUGAAGUUGUUGGAGAAAGAAGAAUCGUUGAAGAGAGUGACAUAGAGAAACUACCGUAUUUGCAAGCUGCAGUAAAGGAAGCAUUUCGGUUACAUCCUCCAGUUCCUUUGCUUGUUCCAAGAAACACAAUGCAAGAUACAGAUUUCAUGGGAUAUCACAUUCCAAAAGAUACACAAGUUUUGGUGAGUGCAUGGGCAAUGGGAAGAGACCCAGAUUCUUGGGAAGAUCCCUUGAGCUUUAAGCCUGAGAGAUUUUUAGGUUCAAACAUUGACUACAAGGGGCAGAAUUAUGAACUAAUUCCGUUUGGAUCAGGGAGGAGGAUUUGCGUAGGUGUGUUGCUGGCUCAACGAGUAGUUGUUCUUAGUCUGGCAGCUUUGAUUCAUUGUUUUGAUUGGGAAUUUGACAAGGACACAACUCCUGAGACCUUAGAUAUGAGAGAACUUGUUGGGAUAGUUGUGAGAAAACUUGUAACUUUGAAUUUGAUACCCAAGAGACGUCCCACGGUGAUGGCUGCCUAAAGACUAUGAAAUCAGCACUACCCAUGUAACAAAAUCUUAAAUUUCAAUUUCAUUUUGCUUUUUGAAAAAUC